AAAAAACCAGUCGCAGUUAAGUCUUCGAAUCGGGACAACAUGUCCAAAUUGUGCGUUUAUAUUCUCGUGUGUGUAUUGACGGUUAGUGAUGCAUACAAUGUCCUGUUAUUUUUCCCGUUCCCCGGCAAGAGUCACGCGAUACUCGGCGAUGGAUACGUCAGAAAUCUACUGGAAGCUGGCCAUAAUGUCACAUACAUAGCGUCCGCAUCAUCGACAAUAAACAGUUACAGACUUCGUCAGAUUGAUUCUUCUGCAUGUAUAACUUUAUUUCCCAAAGAUAUGUUCAACAUAGAUCAGAAAGUGAACAAAGAGUCUCGAAGUGUAUCUAUAACCACCCUGAUGCACAGCGUGUACAACUACACUUUGCACAUCGACGCUGUACAACAGCUCAUGAGGGAUCCAAACGAGAAAUUUGACGCAGUGAUCGUAGAAUGGAUGUAUAAUGAAAUUGCAGCUGGAUUAGCAACAGUAUUCGACUGUCCCCUGAUCUGGUCGUCAUCUGUGAUACCUCAUACGAUGGUACUGUCUCUGAUUGGUGACAAUCUGAACCCCGCUUACACCUUUCAUAUGCAAACAAAAUCUCGGUCGUUCACGCUGAGUAAAAGAAUUGAUCAACUGUUUACUACGAUUAAGAUACAAUAUGAAAGAUGGUCCAUCACGAGAGAAGCUGAAGCAAUAUUCCGAAGUGUAUUUGAACCUAUACUUACAAAGAAAGGUAAACAGCUACCAAGCUAUAAUGAGGUCCGGUACAACGCAUCUUUUAUGUUGGGUAACGGUAAUCUCAUCACGAGUGACCCUGUCGCUUUGCCGAGCAACUACAAAGACAUAGGAGGAUACCAUAUUAAUGAGAAAGCAGAUCCUUUGCCUCAGAAUUUCAAAACUGUGAUGGACAAUGCAACCGAAGGAGCCAUUUAUUUCAGCCUGGGGUCACUUUUACCAGUUCGAACGAUGAGUGAAGAAAUGAAAGCGAAAUUUCUAAAAAUAUUCAGCAAUUUGAAUCAGACUGUUAUUUGGAAAUCGGAUGUAGCCAUCCAUAAUGUAUCGAAAAACGUGCACGUUGUGAAUUGGGCGCCUCAACAAAGAAUAUUAGGUCACCCCAACUGUCGGCUGUUCAUAACGCAUGCGGGUCUUCUUUCAAUCACUGAAGCCGUAUACUUCGGAGUCCCUGUGAUCGGUAUGCCCUUCUUCGCUGAUCAAUUCAACAACAUCAACAAAGCCGAAUGGACAGGAUUCGGCAAGAACUUUGAUUUGUCUAAAAAUUCUUUGGACGAUUUAGAAGGCGUUAUUGAUGAUAUGUUGAACAAACCGAGGUACCGUCAACGUGCUAAGGAGGUAUCAUCUAUCUACCAUCACAGGCUGAUAACACCAGGACAAGAAUUGGUACAUUGGGUGGAACACGUCAUCCAAACACGUGGUGCCUUGCACCUACGAUCUUACGCUAUGGAAGUGGAAUGGUAUCAGAAGUUGUAUUUGGAUCUAUUAGCCAUUCUCUUGAUGGCUCUAGUAGCUGUUUUGAUAAUAGUUAAAUACACUAGGUCUCAAGUUAAUAUUGUUGUUAGGAAAAAUAAGAAAACUAACUAA